AUGGAGCCAAUCAACAACACUGCAGAUACUGCCGACAUGAUGGAGAUUGACGAGCAGAGCACGCCAAUGCGGCCAACCCUAGCUGCUGCUGCCAAUGUACAGUACGACCAGGAAAUGCUCGACGCAGAGGCGUUGAUCAUGCAAGGCGGUCGAGGCGCAGAGAUGGAAGAAGCAGAUGAGGACAAACAUGUCGCCGGCGACGCAGAUUACGAUGAGGACCCGCUUGCAGACCUCGAGGCUGCCGCCGCACGAGAUGAUCUCCCUGCAGAUGGCGACCUCGGAGACGUCCUCACUGGUGAAGCAGCCGCCCAAGAAGAUCCUCCUGUCUUCAUGCACAUCGUGGAGAAGACGGGCAGCAAGUUCAUUCCAGCAGAAUACGACCCAAACGCAAUCCAAGUAACGGUCGACUACAACCACAUCGUCGCACGAAUUGCGGAUAAUGUGGCGAGACCGAACCUCGACACAGUCCACCUCGCUCAAGGACUCAGCGACGAGGAGAUUCUCCUCGGCCAUGUCGCACACCCGGACGACAUCGCGGGCAGCCUGCUACUUCGCCUUGCACCAACGCUCAGCACCAUGGAGCUGGCAGAGCGAGUCAAUGCCCUGUACCACUGCUGCAAGCUGCAGCUCAACUCCAACAACGCGUUCACGCAGCGCAUUGCUCUCGCUGGAGACGCUCUCGGUCGCCGAAACGGUUGGUCGAAGCAGCAGACCACAGCAGAGAAGAUUCGCGUGAAGAACCUUCGCCCCAACGCCCACUCGACGGCCAUUCCGGUCCGUCAAUACACCUUCCUGAACCGUCCUGCUGGAGGCGAGGCUGAGGAGAAGACGCGCUGGAUCAAGCCCCAGAUGCGGAAGGACGCUGGCCCUGACGCGAAAUCUUUGUCUUCUCGAAACCGCAAGUCUACUGCGCGCGCCCCCAUCUCUCAGCCGCCGCCACAACAGCCAGUACCAGCUGAUCAGGCCGAUGACGAGGAGCGGGCUGCAGAAGAGCCGAGUGACAAUGAGGAGGCGUUCACCGAUGAGCAGAUUGAAGCCGGCCAAGCUCAUCACGACUCAGACCUCGCUGCUCUUUACAAGAAGCAUGCUGAGCAGAAGGAGGAGUUUGCCGAAUUGGAGCGGCAGCUCAGAGAGAAGGAGGACGGUGACGACGUUUGA